GUACACACACGAAAAAGAAACGGGAAUCCACUACACAACUGCUUCAACAACUUUGAAUCAUAGGUUGGCCAUUAUGAAAUUUGACAGUACAUUUUUUCAUCAUUGUUGAAGGUUAAACUUGUUGUACUUUCGCACGCAAAUCUGAAGCGAUUGUCGUAUUUAAAACGCAAAUACCACGUGCGUACGCCAACUGCAACCGUUGUCGCUUAUCCCUCGUCUGUCCACAAUUGGAAGCAUGGCGAAGGAGGAGGAAGACGACAAACUGCCUGACAAAGACGCUGCCAAGGAGUUUUAUGCGAAAUACGAACCCAAAGAAAUACUCGGAAGAGGUAUAAGUUCGACAGUCCGAAGAUGUAUAGAAAAGGAAACAGGGAAGGAAUACGCUGCUAAAAUAAUAGACCUAAGUAACGACGGCAUCAACGAAGGAGGCGCAACUCUAGAAGCCACAAGAUCCGAAGUUGCUAUCCUAAGACAUGUCACAGGUCAUCCAUACAUCAUCGAACUGCAAGAUGUAUUUGAGUCGAGUACAUUUAUUUUCCUCGUGUUUGAACUAUGCAAACACGGAGAACUGUUUGACUAUUUAACAUCAGUGGUUACAUUGUCUGAAAAAAAGACCAGGUACAUAAUGAAGCAGAUUUUCGAAGGAGUUGCACAUAUUCACUCGCAGGGCGUUGUGCAUCGCGAUCUGAAACCGGAAAACAUACUUUUGGAUGACAAUUUGAACGUAAAAAUUACCGAUUUCGGUUUUGCCAAGAAAUUAAAUCCUGGUGAUCUUUUAUCAGAUUUAUGUGGAACUCCUGGUUAUUUGGCGCCCGAAACUUUACGAUGUAACAUGGUUGAAGACGCUCCUGGUUAUUCCAAAGAAGUUGACAUUUGGGCUUGCGGAGUGAUUAUGUACACGUUACUGGUUGGUUGUCCGCCUUUUUGGCAUCGCAAACAAAUGGUAAUGCUGCGCAACAUCAUGGAGGGAAAAUACUCAUUUAGUUCACCAGAAUGGGCCGACAUUUCUGAACCACCUAAAGAUCUAAUUAGACGAUUGUUGGUCGUCGAUCCAAAACAAAGAAUCUCGAUUCGUGAAGCUUUGGAACAUCCAUUCUUCCAAAAAGUGCAAUUAUGGAAUCAAGACAUAAUGCCGUUGAAGGAGUCGCUGCGCAGGAACUCGAGACGUUACAGUCUCAUUUCCGAGCUGGCGCUGAAAUUACAACAAAGGAAGUUUAAUCCGAGGACAAAAUUCCAAUGGGCAAUUCUGGUAGUGAGGGCGAUGAUUCGAAUCCAGAGGCUCAAAUACACUCCGGAACCUCUGUCCCUUGACACCGCCCGAACCGAUCCCUAUCGACUGAAACUGCUCCGCAAAAUCGUGGAUGGUUGCGCGUUCAGGGUGUACGGUCACUGGGUGAAGAAGGGAGAGGGCCAAAAUCGGGCAGCGUUGUUCGAGAACGCGCCCAAAACGGAAUUGAAGCACAUCUACGUGACGAAUCUGAGUAGAUGAUUCCGGUGUGUCGAGAUUAGUACAAUUAACGGUUGGAUUGUCGUUUGUUCUUGUUUUUUUUUUUUGUCUUUUCUAGGGAAUUUGUAAAUAGGUUUAAUGACGGACGACAGGUUUAAAGAUUGGAGCGCGGGCGCGAUACAAUCAUAUCACAUUUUCUUUUAGUUCUAGUCAGUUUUAUUUGUCCCUCUUUUGUAACUUAUAAAGUUUUCAGUAUUUCGAGCACGCGUCCGUUUAAUUUUAUUUGAACAAUUUAACGGAACUUCAGUCACGUGUUUAAAAUGUUGUGGAUUGUUUCUAAUUUCUUUUGUAUUGUUUAAAGUAUAACUGGAACAAUUUUAAUCAAAUUAUCUCAUUUAAACUUUAUGUGUAACAUUGUGAUAUUUAAUUUUGUGGUCUCGUUAUUCGAAUGAUUAACUUAGUUACACGAGACUUGUGCAUUAGUAAUUAAUUCCAAAAAAUAUGUAUACUAAUUGUUUUUAAAAAGUAAAAAAUAUACUUUAUUUAAACCUA